UAUUUAUGGCAUCUUAACUAAUAGAUGUUAAUACAUGAACUUUUUUUUUUUUUUUUUUUACAGAUUACGAUGUUUGGUAAAACAGCUUGAGAAAGGAGAUAUUAAUGUAUCAGACCUAAAAAAUAAUAUUGAAUAUGCAGCAUCUGUAUUGGAAGCAGUUUACAUUGAUGAAACCAGGCGCCUAUUGGAUACAGAGGAUGAGCUCUCUGACAUCCACACAGACUCGGUUCCGUUGGAGGUGAGAGACUGGUUGGCAUCCACCUUCACAAGAAAAAUGGGCAUGAGGAGAAGGAGGCCUGAAGAAAAACCAAAGUUUCGGAGCAUCGUCCAUGCAGUUCAAGCUGGAAUAUUCGUUGAAAGGAUGUACAGAAGAUCGUCCAAUAUGGCUGGUCUUACAUAUCCCCCAACAGUGAUAGCAUGUUUAAAGGAUAUCGAUCGAUGGUCUUUUAAUGUGUUUUCUUUAAAUGAAGCUAGUGGAGAACAUGCACUUAAAUUUAUGGUUUAUGAACUGUUUACACGAUAUGACCUUAUUAAUCGCUUUAAGAUUCCUGUUUCUUGCCUUGUAUCGUUUGUUGAAGCUUUAGAAGUUGGUUACAGCAAACACAAAAAUCCAUACCACAAUUUAGUCCAUGCAGCUGAUGUUACCCAAACUGUGCACUACAUAUUGCUGCAUACAGGUAUCAUGCACUGGCUCACAGAACUGGAAAUUUUGGCAAUGAUAUUAGCUGCUGCUAUCCAUGACUAUGAGCACACUGGGACCACAAACAACUUCCAUAUACAGACAAGGUCAGAUGCUGCAAUAUUGUAUAAUGAUCGUUCCGUACUAGAGAAUCAUCAUGUCAGUGCUGCCUAUCGAAUAAUGCAAGAGGAUGACAUGAAUAUUUUGGUAAAUGUAUCCAAAGACGACUGGAGAGACUUGAGAACACUGGUCAUUGAGAUGGUUUUAUCUACAGAUAUGUCUAAUCACUUUCAGCAAAUAAAAACUAUGAGGAGUACACUACAACAGCCAGAAGGAAUAGACAAAUCGAAAGCAAUGUCCUUGAUUCUUCACGCUGCAGACAUCAGUCAUCCAUCAAAAAUGUGGGAUAUGCAUCAGAGGUGGACAGACCUACUGAUGGAGGAAUUCUUCCGACAGGGCGACAAAGAGGCUGAAUUAGGGCUUCAAUUCUCACCACUCUGUGACAGAAAAUCCACACUGGUAGCACAGUCACAAAUAGGGUUCAUAGACUUCAUAGUGGAGCCAACAUUCACACUUCUAACUGACUCAACAGAGAGAAUCGUUAUUCCUCUUAUAGAGGAAGCUGCAAAAUCUGAUCAUUCUGUCUUUGAUAAACCCAGUCUGAAUAAUUCUGAAGCUGGCCGUGGUACAGACACGCAAAGAAAACCCAGCAUGCGAACCUCGCAGACUGAUGGAGGAUCAGUAAUGGAAUACUCUUUGGCAUCUGUGGACUUACAACAUUUCAAAAAGAAUUUGGUUGAAAUAAUUCAACAGAACAAGGAAAGAUGGAAAGAACUGGCAGUACAAGGUAUGUCUGGACUUUACAGCAAGCUCAUGUCCAAAGAGAAACGAGGGGAUUUGCUUAUUCAAAAAUAUAAUACAGCACCGACUUUAUGUCUGGAAAUCACUUUACAUAUGCAGGCUUAUUCAGUAAAGCAAUGCUGA